GCGGCGGAAGGGGGAGGAGAGGACCCGGCCCAGCCAGUGCGCACGGGCCGGGCGCUCGGACAGGAGACGGAGCAGCGGCGCCCGGGCCGGCCAGCUCUGCACCGGCCGCCGAAGCUGUGACCAGGAGUGAGGACAAGAGGGUAAAGUCCUGGAGCUGGAAUACUGACUGACCCGUGACAGGCGGAGAGGGAUUUCGCAAGUGCUUCUGUGGAGGGUGGAGGCGGAGCUGCUGAAAGCCAAGCAGCCGAAGGAACAGCCCAGCUCAGUCGUGGGCUGAGGUGUCCGCCUCCUCAGCAACUCCAGUUGGAUUUCAGUGGCUGGUGUCUCUCUCUGCUCACACUGGCUCUCCAGCUCCUGCUCUCUACUCUGUACCUGGGAGGAGACCACCUUCCUCCUGUCCCAGAGUCCAGUCCGUAGGAUGCUCCAGACCUUGUAUGACCACUUCUGGUGGGACCGACUAUGGCUGCCUGUGAACUUAACCUGGGCUGAUCUAGAAGACAAAGAUGGACGUGUCUAUGCCAAAGCCUCAGACCUCUACAUCACACUUCCCCUGGCCUUGGUCUUUCUCAUCAUUCGAUACUUCUUUGAGCUUUAUGUGGCUACACCCCUGGCUGCCCUCCUGAACGUUAAAGAGAAAACCCGACUACGGGCACCUCCCAAUGUCACCUUAGAGCAUUUCUACCUGACCAGCGGCAAGCAGCCCAAGCAGGUGGAGGUAGAGCUUUUGUCCAGGCAGAGUGGGCUGUCUGGCCGCCAGAUAGAACGCUGGUUCCGCCGCCGCCGCAACCAGGACAGGCCCAGCCUUCUCAAGAAGUUCCGAGAAGCCAGUUGGAGAUUCACGUUUUACCUAAUUGCCUUUGUGGCUGGCAUGGCUGUCAUUGUGGAUAAACCCUGGUUCUAUGACUUGCGGAAAGUUUGGGAGGGAUAUCCCAUACAGAGCAUCGUCCCUUCUCAGUAUUGGUAUUACAUUAUUGAACUCUCCUUCUACUGGUCCCUACUCUUCAGCAUUGCCUCCGACGUCAAGCGAAAGGAUUUUAAGGAACAAAUCAUCCACCAUGUGGCCACCAUCAUUCUCCUCAGCUUCUCCUGGUUUGCCAAUUACGUCCGAGCAGGGACCCUCAUCAUGGCUCUGCAUGACUCCUCUGACUACCUGCUGGAGUCUGCCAAGAUGUUCAACUACGCGGGGUGGAAGAACACCUGCAAUAACAUCUUCAUUGUCUUCGCCCUGGUUUUCAUCAUCACCAGACUCGUUAUCAUGCCCUUCUGGAUCCUGCACUGCACGCUGGUCUACCCGCUGGAGCUGUACCCCGCCUUCUUCGGCUACUACUUCUUCAAUGUCAUGAUGGCGGUGCUACAGAUGCUGCACAUCUUCUGGGCCUACUUCAUUCUGCGCAUGGCCCACAAGUUCAUAACUGGAAAGCUGGUAGAAGAUGAACGCAGUGACCGAGAAGAAACUGAGAGCUCCGAGGGGGAGGAGGCUGCAGCUGGGGCAGGAGCAAAGAGCCGGCUCCUGGCUAAUGGCCAUCCCAUCCUCAAUAAUAAUCAUCCUAAGAAGGACUGAACCAUUGUCCUAGCUGCCUCCCACAUGAAUACAUGAAGCCAGGAAACUAGCCAACCUUCCCUUAGGGACACCGACCGAGCUCUGGGAGAAGGGAUCUAAGGAAAGGAGUCUACACUGACUCUCCCUUACUUGUCCUGUCGCCCGGUCACCUCGAACCCAGACUCUAACCAGCCUCUCUUCAGGUGGGGGAAGGUUGGUUAUAUCCUCUGCUAGAGAGGGAUGCUCUUACUUCCCUCUCUCUCUUCCAAGCUACCCUCUCUCUUGCUUUUGAAACCUUUCUCAGCUCUGAGGGCUGGAGUCUCGCUCACAUUCCUUGUUCUUGAGAGUCUGGAGCUAGCUCUGCCUCUGACUCCCUGACGCCGAGCAGGGUUGUGCCUUACUGUCCCAUCUCUGGGCCUCUUUCUGCCAAAGCUGGACCAAGGUCCCACCUUUCUAAGCUCCCUAGCUCAUGCCUGACAUGAAAGCUGAGCUCUUUUAACUUUUUCUCCUCCUUAAGAACAAUUAACUAAGUGAAGGAAGGUAUACAAGCCCCGCACCCUACCCCAGGGACCAUGGUUCCAGGACCUCACUGCCUCCUUUCUCGGCCUCUUCCCCUCCCUUCAGCUAAGACAAGCUGGCGUGGAGUAGGAGGCAACUAGUUCUGUUAUUUAUUGAACAUUUGGGGUUUCAGUUAUAAAGCCAGAACUACAGCUAGGACCUGGCAUGUCGGCGAGGGACCAUUUCAGACCAAAAUGUACUGUUAAUGGUUGUUUUUUUUUUUUUUUUAAUUAAAGUAUAUUAAAGAUUAAAUAAAACAUGACAGUGUGUCAGACUAUUAA